AUGAGGAACCCUGGAUGCUGCACACUCCUCCUCCUCUUGGUGGCCAUGGACCUGAUCCAGUAUUGUGCAGGCUCACACUGGCUGCAGACUUUCAACGCUGUGAUUUUGGAGCCUGGCAUGGUUAAUUCCCGGUUCGUCCACAUUGGCUAUGUAGACUCUAUAGAGUAUCAGAGAUAUGACAGCAAAGAACCAAUUGCAGUUUUGCUACCUCGGGUUGCAUGGAUGGAGCAGGUGCCAAUGACAUAUUGGACCAGUGAGACAGCAAGCGUUGCGGAAUUGUCACAGCUAGACAGACGAAUUCUUCACUUCAUGGUGAACAAAAAUGAACAAAGAAUGGACGAUUAUCACACCCUGCAGGAAGUGUAUGGCUGCAAUGUGGCUAAUGAUGGGAGCUUCCUCGGCGGUCACUUCCGGCUCACCUACUAUGGCUAUGAUGACUUAUACCUGAAUGAGAACCUGAGCUCCUGGAUUGCACAUGGAAACGCAGCUGAAUAUGUGAAGAGCAGGUGGGACGGUGAAGGUGAUGCAGAAAGGUGGAAGACUUACCUGCAAGGAGUGUGCGUGGAAAGGCUUCUUAGAUACAUGGUCCUUGGAAAGGAAGCAUUGCUGCGCUCCGAUGCCCCCCGAACACAUGUGACCCACCAUGUAAGACCUGAAGGGAAUGUCACCCUGAGGUGCUGGGCCCUGGGCUUCUACCCAGCUGACAUAACCAUGACUUGGAAGAGGGAUGGGAACAACCACACCCAAGACAUGGAGCUGCCAGACACCAGGCCUGCAGGGGAUGGAACCUUCCAGAAGUGGGCAGCUGUGGUGGUUCCUUCUGGAGAAGAGCUGAGAUACACAUGUCAUGUGCACCAUAAAGGGUUACCUGAGCCUCUCAAGCUGAAAUGGGAGCCUCCACACACCAUCCCCAUCAUAGCAAUUCUCAUCGGCCUGGUUCUUGGAACUUUGGUGGUGGGAACUGUGGUCAUUUUUCUGGUGUGGAAGAAAUAAAGUAUGAGAUGCAAUCUUCUGUGACUUCAAAAGCUCCUGACUUUUCUUUCAAUGGCUGACACCUGUGUCCAGGUCUCUGUCUCCUGUCAGGAGAGGCAGGUCUGGGAGACUGACAUCAGAAACUGACCUUCAGUUUCCAGUGAGCUGUAAAUUUAUUUCUCCAAGUUUAACAAGAGGAUUUUGUUAAUUUCUUAUUGUUUGACUUCUUCUCAUGGUGUAUUUAAUGAGUAAACCCAAUCAAAGCAAGACGAAUAACAUAGCAAAUCUGUCUUGAGAAGUUGAAAUCCAUUCAUUGGGUCUUCUCUAUCUUUUUCUGAGUGCCAUUCUUUCUCUUCAACCUCAUAUUUAAAUCUGUUCAUUUCUCUUCCCAAUAAACUUGAAAUUUGAUUCA